AUGGAUGUUGGCAGCGGCUUUAUAGGCGAUGAACAGGUUCCAGGCGAUAUUAUCGUAUCAGUGCGAUCCGAAUCCCACUCGUUUGAUGCUUCGCGCAUAAACAUGUCACAUGUGAUAAACAGUUUCAACUUCGGUAAGAAGGUGACUCCGAGAGUGAUAAGUGAUCUUAAGAGACUGCGACCCUACAUCGAAAGUCAUGACAAGUUGGCUAGUAAAGCCUACAUCACUUUAGAAGACCGCGUAAAUGUCACAAUAGAGCAUUAUCUUCAAGUUGUGAAGACUGAGGUGAUGAGUUCAUCUUAUCAGUUGAUUGAGGAUUAUGACUAUACAGUACAUAGUAGUUUGGUUAAUGCGGUUACGAUUCCGGUUGCAAAGUUUCACUUUGAGCCAUCUCCUAUGCAGAUCUUGGUAACGGAAGAUCCAAAGUUGUUUACUCAUUUCAUCAUCAAAGUUUGCGCCCUUAUUGGGGGCAUAUUUACGGUGGCUGGGAUAUUGGAAUCACUAUUAUACAACACAAUGAGAGUGGUGAAAAAGAUUGAACUUGGGAAAGACUUUUAG